AUGCAGGACUCGAAGCUGAACGCGAGUAUACCUGUGGAAAGCGACUGCGUUGACUGGAAAUUUGUUCCAGCCAAAGGCGAUAUUGAAGCAUACUACGUUUACGUACAGCCUAUAAAGAAGCGUGCGAGAGACAAUGGAGAAUAUCGUUUGAUCCGUCUCGAGAAUGGACUCGAAGCCAUCCUCGUGCAUGAUAUAAGUAUCCGUACAGCUGCCAUGAACUUGAGUGUCGCCACAGGACAUCUCCAUGAUCCGGACGACAUGCCCGGCCUGGCAAGGUUGUGCGAGGAUGCGCUAUAUGCGGAAUUUUACGAGAGUGACAUUCCGGUAGAUUACUCCGAACACGACUUUACAGAUUUGUGUACCAAAAGUAGCGGAUCAAACACAGAUUUCCUCCUUUCUACAGAUCCCAGAACUCUGAGAGUUGUGCUGGAACAUUUCUCCGAGAAUUUCCGCAGCCCAAAGUUUACCUUGGAGAGGUUGGAGGAUUACAUUGAUGAGGUGGACAAUUCUCAUCAUGCAAGUCACCUCAACAGUGAUGUCUGGAGAGUUUCCUCAGUCAGGAAUAUCCUCGCAUGUUCAGGUCAUCCGUUACGGAGGUUUGGAUGUGGGAACGAGGAAUUGUUAAAGCAGUCUGGAUGGAAGAGUUAUAGAAACUCGAUCGCACGAACGAGUCCUAAAAGAAAGAAACUCGCUGAUGACGAUGCGUUAGACUCAAAUGCGGCAAUGGUGGAAAUAAGGAAGAGAUUGGUCGGAUGGUGGGAGAAGGAAUAUUGCGCAAGGCGCAUGAAAUUGGCAUUGAUUGGUAAAGAAUCUCUCGAUGAGCUCACCCACUUGAUCAUGAAAUGCUCUUCAUCAAUUCCGAAUCGUGGGAAGGACCCUACCCCACUUCUCGACCAGCCGUACGGAAAGGAAGAGCUUGGCAAAAUCAUACAUGUUAGGGCGAAAACUGAUGGCGCAUAUGCAGUUACAAUCACGUUUCCUGUACCCUGGCAAACUCCUCUUUGGCGCGUGAAGCCAUUCAAUUUCAUUGGACACUUACUUCGCUACGGAGGCCCCGGAUCGCUGAAAUCCCAUCUACGGAAAAAAGGUUGGUUAUUCGAAGACGUUGCAGAAAUAUCUGCUCGUCGGUAUACCGCGCCUGGCGACUUUCAUUCCAAACUAAAAAGAAAUGGAUGGCUUACCGACAAUAUACUUGCUUACGAUGUGGAAGUUGGACGAGGAGUCUCAUUAUUUGAGAUAAGGAUAGAACUUACGAUGGAUGGAUUUAUGAAUUACCGCGAAGUGAUUUCGGCAUGUUUCAAUUACUUUGACCUCCUGCGCGAACCCAAGGGAUUGUCAUGGGUCCAGGAAGAAAUUAUGCGGAUCGAUGAACUCUCAUUCCGGUUCGGCGAGAGGCCGUGCGAAGAUGACCUUGUACAGAAUAUUACCGACCACAUGCAGUGUCCUAUUCCUCGAGCACUUGUCGUGUUGAAUCCAACAUUGGAUUGGAAUGAACAUCUCAUUCAUGAGACACUUGAUCGUUUAGUCAUUGAGAACAGUUUAAUUAUGAUCUCGGGACAGGAUCAUACGGCGAGCGAAGAGAUGGGGCCAUGGCUCACUGACCCAUGGCAUGGCGCUGAGUACAGCGAGAAGAAGCUUAGUGAUGACUUCGUCUUCUCAGCCCGAAGUCCAAAUAAGAUUGGCGAGCUUGCGUUCCCACAGCCGAACAAAUUCCUCCCGAGGAAUGUUGACGUCCAGGAGGUCAAUGUUACCCAUACCAGUAAAGGCCCGACACUCAUCAAGCGUACUUCACUCACGGAGCUGUGGUAUAAGAAAGGUGACCGGUUCUGGAUCCCUCGUGCGAAAAUUAUGGUUCACGCAUGGUCGCCUUUCGCUGGCACAACUCCUCGUGCAUGCGUCAUGAAUAGUAUAUUCUCGGAACUUGUUAAAGACUCGCUCGUUGAACCAACGUAUGAUGCACGAUGCGCAUCGUUUGAGUACGAGUUCUACGGAGAUGAUUUUGGGCUUCAUCUCGAGUUCGAAGGCUACUCUGAUAAAAUACACGAGCUUGUAAAGCUUGUACUUGAGACGAUUAAACGAGCUGAAAUUAAGAAGGACAGGAUUGCAGCGAUGAUUGAAAAGGAAGAGGCUAGGCUCGAGCCAUACUUGCCCGAGCUCGUUUGUGAUGAUUGCACUGAGAAAUUUGCAUUACUACUGAAGGCUCGUUUCACGUCAAAAGAGAAGCGCCUGGCGCUGAAAGAGAUAACUACCGAGCGGUUAGCUAAACACGUAAGCCUGCUAUUAUCCCAGCUGAAGUACACCAUCCUUGUCUACGGAAACGUUGAAAAAGAAGACGCUUUUUGUCUCGCUUCCUUGGUGGAAGAGACACUUGGAGCAAAAGCUGCCCCAGGGGAGAAGGUCACACAAUAUCGCACCCGUCGUCUUCCGAGGCCGUGCAAUUAUAUAUGGGAAAUAAACAGCGCGGAAGGUUCUUAUAUCUCAUAUUAUUGUCAAAUCGACAACUGUUGGGACGUGCGUACUAAGGCAAUAGUGUUGCUCUUAUCCGAAAUUCUCGAUGAAUUCGUCCAAUCCGGAAAUAUGACACCUAUUCGCGACUUCCUGUCUACUAUCAGGGUACUCGAUGUCCAUGAUUUGGGAGGGUUGCGCAUAGACUUCGAAUCGAGAGCUGACCCUACGUACCUUGAGUCACUUACCGAAAGGUAUUUGACGCAGAUGCGAGUUUGGCUCCAGGCGAUGGAUGAAUCCCAAUUCGAGUGGUUUAGAGCUGAAGCAAUGGGUCGAUGGACGGCAGGGAUGGAGGAUGACAGAUUUGGAGAUGAGGCAGACCUCUUCUGGAAAGAUAUCCAAUCGGGUUAUUAUCGCUUCGACAGCCUGGAGGAUAGAAUGAAACUCAUGAGGAGUGUGACGAAGGAGGAAGUCGUCAGGAUGUUCGAUAGCUUCGUCCACCCGGCUUCUCCGACGCGAUCGAAGCUUUCGAUACACAUCCGUCCUCAGAAUCCUCUUUCUCCCCGACUGAGUCCGCGCGCGAGCGAGGCAUUCGCCGAUGUGUUGCGUGGUGCGGGCAUCACCCUGGAUGACGACGACGAGCUCCAAUGGGGAUGGGCGUGGGGACCAUCCGUAGAAGAAGCACGCAACCAAUGGCAGGGAAGGUAUCUCGAGCAGCUGGGAGGCGAUGAGGGAAAGGAAGCAAUGUUAGUUGAAGAAUUUUAUCGGGUUGUGAAGAAGUAUCCUGUGGAGGGCGAGAGACAUGCACAAUUAAACCCGCAGGCGAUAUAUAUCAAGGAUGUGGAUAGGUUUAGGGAUAGCCUCGGAUUCUUCGAGAAUUCUAACCUUGCUGACACCGAGAUGGAGUAG